GUGUUUGGCUUGCUUUGACAAGUUUCCCUGGAUGAUCAUGGGGGUAGGAGUGAGUAGUUAGUUGACACAUCAAUAAAAAAGUUGCAGCUCACGUUGUGCGUGUUUCAGGUUGUCUCGGGAUCUGACGUUUUGGCAAAUGUAGGGACGGGAUAAGUUUCCCAUUUUUCCCUCUGAGCGAUUCUACAGCCAGUCAAGUCUACAUUGGGAAGCCAGACACAAGAGUAAAGAUGAACAGCUUGUCUUUUGACGAUCCUUCGUUGGAUAAUCUGGAUCCAACACUGUCGCUUAAUGACCCCAACGAUAUUGACACGGCCCUCUUAAGCGACAUUGAUGCAGUAGCAGUGAUGGAGGCCCUGAUUUCUCUCCCUCUUCAGACAUGCUACAGCUCAUCAGCAACCAGGAUAUGGAGUUUGGAGGACUGUUUGAUAACCCUCCAUACACAGGGCCUCCUCCCACCCAAGAGCUUCCUGGUUUGACCCAGUCCAUCACCUUACCUACCCCUCCAACCACCAUCACCACACCUCCAUCUUCAUCUUCCUCUUCCAUCCUAAGCAGUAGCCCCCACCUGGAUGCACUCCUGGGCCCUCCCAUCAUCCGUAGUUCCUCUACCCCAGACAAGGCCUUCCAGCCUCCCACCUUCCAGCAGUCCCCCCUGGCCCAGGUGCAAAACUCCACACAAAGGCUGAAGCCGGCCUCCCCGCCGCAGGCCCAGAGCCUCAGACCGCCCCAGGUGGAGCAGCCUCAACCCAUUCUCAGCCCGUCUGCCCUGGUCCUGGCUGCUUCACCUCAUGGCUCGCCAGUACCGAUCCCAGCUUUCAGCUCCACGCCCCAGACCCUCUUCACCUCGCCAGCCCCCCAGACUCCGCCCCAGCCGCAGCUGCAGCCACAGCCCCAGCCCCAGCUGCAGCCACAGCCCCAGCCCCAGCUGCAGCCUCUGCUGCAGACCCAGACACAACUUCAGGUUCAGCCUCAGACACAACUUCAGGUUCAGCCUCAGACACAACUUCAGGUUCAGCCUCAGACACAACUUCAGGUUCAGCCUCAGACACAACUUCAGGUUCAGCCUCAGACACAACUUCAGGUUCAGCCUCAGACACAACUUCAGGUUCAGCCCCAGCAGAUCCGGAUCAACUACAGCAACCAGAACACCUACACAACUGUCAGUCAAAGCAGUGUGAGCCAACCCACCACCAUCUUGUCAUGCUCGCCUCAAAGUGUUAAGCCAGUGACCAUCCAGGCUCAGCUCCAAGGGCUGACCACCACUUCUCCCCUCCUAGCUACGUCAGUGAGCCCGCCAGUUCAAACCAUCGCACCCAACAUACAGCAGGUGUUGCUGCAGCCCCAGUUCAUCAAGGCGGAGUCUCUGCUGCUGACCACUCUGAAGCAUGACCCCCGCAUUGUCACAACUAUGGCCUCUUCCACAUCCCUGGCCACCACCACCCCAGUACAGAGUGCAUCACUGCAGGCCUUUAUGGGCGGUGGCACCAUCCUGACCACGGUUCCCGUCAUGAUGGAGACUGACAAGCUGCCUAUCAACCGCAUCGCCAUCAGCGGUAAGCCGAUGUUCCAGCCACACAAGGGAGAGAAGCGCACAGCGCACAACGCCAUCGAGAAGCGCUACCGCUCCUCUAUUAAUGACAAAAUCCUCGAGCUCAAGGAUCUGGUGGCCGGUGCUGAGGCCAAGCUCAACAAGUCUGCAGUGCUGAGGAAAGCCAUCGACUACAUCCGUUACCUGCAGUCGACCAACCAGAAACUCAAACAGGAGAACAUGGCUUUUAAAAUGGCAGCCCAGAAAAACAAGUCUCUCAAGGACUUGGUUGCCAUGGAGGUUGAUGGACCGGCUGAUGUUAAGAACGAGCUGCCCACACCACCAGCUUCUGAUGUGGGCUCCCCCACCUCUUUCUCACACUGUAGCAGUGACUCAGAGCCCGACAGUCCGAUGGGCGAGGACACAAAGCAGCCGAGUGUGGCUGUGUUAGACAAAUCGGCAGCAGGAGGCAGCGCCGGCGGCAUGUUGGACCGUUCCCGCAUGGCGUUGUGCACCUUCACCUUUCUCUUCCUCUCCCUCAACCCUCUGGCCGCCCUGCUCUGCUCAGCCGGCAGCAGCUCGGCUGGAAGCUCAGCAGCCACUGCCACACAUCACGCAGGAAGGAGCGUCCUGGGUGUGGAUAUCGCAGCGGAAUCGUGGGGCUGGAUGGACUGGAUGCUGCCAACUAUACUGGUGUGGCUACUGAACGGUAUUCUGGUGUCGGGGGUUCUGAUCCGACUGUUGGUGUAUGGAGAGCCUGUAACCAGACCUCACUCUGGAUCCUCUGUCUUGUUCUGGAGGCACCGCAAGCAGGCUGACCUGGACCUAGCUAGGGGAGAUUUUGCCCAGGCCAGUCACAACCUGUGGACUUGUCUAAAGGCUCUUGGUCGUCCCUUACCCAUCUCCCAGUUGGACCUGGCCUGUGCUGCGCUCUGGUCCCUGCUAAGGUUCUGCCUCCAGCGCCUCUGGGUGGGCCGCUGGCUGGCUGCCAGAGCUGGAGGGCUGCGAUCUGAUCAGCCACUGAAGGAGGACGCCUGCAAAAGCAGUCGUGACGCCGCCCUGGUUUACCACCGCCUGCACCAGCUUCACAUGACAGGUAAGCUGAAUGGUAGCCACCUGUCAGCAGUGCACAUGGCUCUAAGUGCGGUGAACCUGGCAGAGUGUGCUGGCUCCUGUCUGCCUGUAGCCAGUCUGGCUGAAGUCUACGUCUCUGCAGCUUUACGGGUCAAAGCCAGCAUGCCAAGGAUCCUACAUUUUACCUCUCGUGUGUUCCUGAGCAGCGCCCGCCAGGCGUGCCUGUCAUCCAGUGGCAGUGUGCCUCCAGCUAUGCAGUGGCUGUGUCACCCACUAGGUCAUCGCUUCUUUGUGGAUGGGGAUUGGGCUAUUCGCAGCACUCCUAAAGAAAGCAUCUACAGCCAGGCUGGUAAUACUGUGGAUCCUCUGGCCCAGGUGACUCAGGCGUUCAGGGAACACCUCCUGGAGAAGGCUUUGUACUGUGUGGCCCAGCCUCACGGAGAGAAAAGCCCCAGCCAGGGAGAGGGGGAGUAUGCUGAUGCCCUGCAGUAUCUCCAGCUGUUGAUAAGUGCAUCAGAUGCGGCUGGUGCAACCUCCCAGUCCUUUGCCAUCGGCUCCAACAUGGCCACCGUGACCGGCUGUGACCCCCACUCCAAAUGGUGGUCCUCGGUUACCGUGGUGAUCAUCAAUUGGCUCCAAGGAGAUGACUCCGCGGCGGAGAGACUCUACCCGACUGUUGAACACCUGCCCCGCAGUCUGCAGAACGCAGAGAGUCUUCUGCCCAAGGCGUGUCUGAACACAUUCAGGGCAGUGCGGGCUCUGCUGUCCAAGCCAGAAAACUGCCAGUUGAGUCUGAGCUACAGCGACAAGGCCAGCGCCCUGCUUCGAGACAGCCUCAACCUCGGACCACACUGCCACAGCUCUAGUUUAGACAAGGUUGUCCAGUUGCUCUUGUGUGAUCUCCUGUUGGUUAUGAGGACCAACGUCUGGCGUCUACAGCAGCAGGGGGCCGGUCCGCCGGGGUCGGGGUCGUUGGGUACCAGCGGGGUCCACCAGGCCUCCCCACCGGAGCUCCAAGGCUUUCAGCAAGAUCUCAGCUCCUUACGCAAACUGGCACACAGCUUUAGGCCUGCAAUGCGAAGAUUGUUCCUUCAUGAAGCUACAGCCAGGCUGAUGGCGGGGGCCAGUCCCACCCGCACACAUCAGCUCCUGGAUCGCUCGCUGCGACGCAGGGCAACGCCCGGAGCCAAGACAGAGGAGUGCGAGACGCAGCCAGGCCAGCGGGAGCAGGCUGAGGCUGUGAUGCUGGCGUGUCGCUACCUUCCUCCCUCCUUUCUGUCGGCUCCCGGCCAAAGGGUGGGCAUGCUGGCGGACGCAGCCCGCACCCUGGAGAAGCUGGGAGACAAGAGGACCCUCCACGACUGCCAGCAAAUGAUCAUCAAGCUGGGCAGCGGCACCACCGUCACCAACAGCUAGAGAGAAGAGAGGUGGGGGAGGGGCUGAGACACAUGCAUGGAGACUGUAUAUAGAAACAUCUCUGAGAUUCAAAAACACAGACGGAGAGAAAAGACACCCCCACAGAGACACAACCAAACAGACUCUGGCAUUGUUGGUGUUCAGCGAUUGAGCACAUUUAUUAAACUAUCAAGAUUCAUAUCAAACUCGACAGGUUUUCUUCAUGGACUGUCCCUCCCACCACCCCAACCCCACUUUGGCAAGCGCUUGUAGAGUUCACACUCUUGUUGCUAUGGAUAAUUACCAGAAUAAAGGUAGCAUUUCUAGCGCUUCACGAGCUGAAUCCCCUCGUGAGAAUGCGUUGCAGUGCCACAGUUUGGCCACAGAGAGGAGCCAUCAUGUCCUCUGUGAUUGUGUGCGUGUGUGUGCGUGUGUGUGUGUGUGUGUGUGUGUGUGUGUGUGUGUGUGUGUGUGUGUGUGUGUGUGUGUGUGUGUGUGUGUGUGUGUGUGUGUGUGUGUAGAGAUAUUUGCCCUGCAGUUAUUCAGUCCCACCCUAAACCUUUCCACAUAAAUGCACCUUAGGCAGGAGUGCUCAGUGGGUUGGAAUGGUGGGCUGCCCUGAUUGGCCGCAGAGUGAGGUGUCUCUUGUUCGUAGGAGGAACAAGUGGACCGUGGGCUCGUUCAGUGGGAAACCACCGCAGGUUGUUCAAAUAGUGUUAAAGUUGAUUUGUAUCAUAUUUUUACCGGUUGAUAAUCUGAGGAGAGGUGACCCACUGUUCUGGCUCUCUGUCUUUAUCUGCACUAGCCCUGCAAGGCUGAUUUCAAUGAGAUAAGUAAUAAUGUGGCUCUAUGAAGUUAUUUUCAUAGAGGUCAAUUUUUUUGUUUUGCUGUGUACAUAUUUUAAAAUGUAUUUAUAAUCUGUAUGAACAUGGAUUAAGCAGUAUUUUGCAUAAGCAGAGUGAUAAAUGCUUAUUUUCUUUCCCUAAAACCUGUUUUAUUUGGUAGCUUUUGACCAGGCCCAAAUGAUGAGUUACUGUAAUGUGUUGCCAUGGCCAUGAGUGUCAAAAUGGACAAGGUAUCAAGUUAUUUGCAUCACAUUGUCAAUAUUGACCUUUUGCACUGUAUGCAACUAUGAUUUUAAAAUGAAAAUAACAAAAAACUGGCAGCGUCAUCAACAAACAACUCGGUCUAUGACGUGAAACUUUGGCACGUGUUCAACAUGUUACAUAAUGCAGCCAAUUUCAAAAUAAUUCUUCUUCUUUUUUCCAAAGAGGGCCUGUAGUGAAUCUUCUGGUUUUCUUUUUUAGCUCCAUUAUAAAGAGCAACAUUUGCUCUUUCAGUCAUUAUGGUUUCAUACUCCUAGAGAACCACCGUUUAUUGAUUUCUUUUUUAGAGGACUGUAAAAGAUAAACUUCGGCAUGUGUUUUUGUCCCAGAACGAGUGUUUUUUUAUAGUGCGUCACUUAUGUGAAAGACUGAAAGACGUUGGAUUGAGAUGAAUGAGAGACAGCCAUGUCUAAAGGUAUUAUUCAUGUGUCCUUUUUGAAUGACAUAUUUUCAUCUCUUCCUUGUUCUUUGGUUUCAUCCUUCUAUGAUGUAAAUAUUAAAGCAUUUUGUAAAGAAGAA